AUGGCUUGGCACCCCAGCAGCCUAGUCCAGCUGAGUGGAUUAAUGUUCUCGCUCUUCGGAUGGAUCUCAUCUUGUGUUACAACUUUUGUGCCUCUUUGGAAGAAUCUCAACUUGGAUUUAAAUGAAGUCGAGGUCUGGAACAUGGGGCUAUGGCAUGUCUGUGUCAUUCAAGAUGAAAGCAUUAUGGAGUGCAAAAGCCACGACUCUCUACUGGCCUUGCCCUUAGAGUUCAAGCUCUCUAGGAUUAUAAUGGUUCUCUCAAAUGGCCUGGGAUUUCUUGCAUUCUCCCUUUCCAUUUUGGGGUUAACGUGUGUGAAGAUAAGGGACCAAGACCUGGGACUGAAAAAACAGCUUGGAAUCGCUGGUGGAAUCGUAUUCUGCAUUUCUGGAAUGGCAACCCUUGUGCCCGUCUCCUGGGUCGCCUACAACACUGUACGAGAAUUCUGGGAUGAAACUGUGCCAGAGAUUGUCCCGAGGUGGGAAUUUGGUGAAGCAUUAUUCCUGGGCUGGUUUGCUGGGUUUUUCCUUAUACUAGGUGGCUUUCUUCUUAUCGGCUCAGCUUGUUUCCUGGAGACCACAACGACAUCCAAGCAGUUAGCAGUCCACCAGAAGCCAGAAGUGCAAAGGGCCCCCAGGAAGCCAAGUCAUUGUCUGUAUUCACCACCUAGAAAUACAGACCUUGUAAUCUGA